AUGUGGCACCAGAUUUCUGUACUUGAGCGUGGCACCUGCGUUGUUAACCCCACUGAUCUGUUCUGCUCUGUUCCUGGUCGCUUAUCUCUACUCAGCUCCACUUCGAAGUACAAAGUGACCAUUGCAGAGGUGAAGAGGCGCCUUUCACCACCAGAAUGCCUCAAUGCUUCACUCUUAGGAGGUAUUUUGAGAAGAGCAAAAUCCAAGAAUGGAGGACGCUGCUUGCGAGAAAAAUUAGACAGACUGGGACUGAAUUUGCCUGCAGGAAGAAGAAAAGCAGCAAAUGUCACACUCUUGACUUCCUUGGUAGAAGGGGAAGCAUUACAUUUGGCCAGAGAUUUUGGCUACACCUGUGAAACAGAGUUCCCUGCAAAAGCUGUAGGAGAGCACAUUGCCAGACAGCACAUGGAACAGAAAGAGCAGACAGCGAGGAAAAAGAUGAUCCUAGCGACAAAACAAAUAUGUAAAGAAUUCCAAGAUCUUCUAAGUCAAGACAGAUCACCCCUCGGAUCCUCCAGACCGACUCCAAUAUUAGACCUCGACAUCCAGAGACAUUUAACACAUUUCAGUUUGAUCACUCAUGGUUUUGGAACUCCUGCAAUAUGUGCUGCCCUAAGCACUUUCCAAACUGUUCUCAGUGAAAUGCUGAACUACUUGGAAAAGCACACAUCGCACAAAAACGGAGGCGCGGCGGAAUCCGGCCAAGGACACGCCAACUCGGAGAAAGCCCCCCUGCGGAAAACUUCAGAGGCUGCUGUGAAAGAGGGCAAAACAGAAAAGACAGACUAG